AUGAGUGAAGCGGCGGCGGCGGCGGCGCCCGAGCGGGGCUGGAAGAGCGAGAAAGUGGACGAGGCUCAGGCCCUGGCGCGGAGUUGCGCCGCCCGCCGGCCCGACUUCCAGCCGUGCGACGGGCUGUCCAUCUGUGCCACGCACAGCCACGGCAAGUGCUUCAAGCUGCACUGGUGCUGUCACCUGGGCUGGUGCCACUGCAAGUAUGUGUAUCAGCCUAUGACCCCUGUGGAACAGCUUCCAAGCACGGAGAUCCCUGUGAAGCCUCGGGAACCCACAAACACCAUUCAAAUCUCCGUUUCCCUCACGGAACACUUUUUGAAGUUCGCAUCUGUCUUCCAGCCUCCUCUCCCCCCGGAGUCCCCAAGGUACUGUACGAUUUCAGACCUUUUUAUUGACAACUAUCAAGUCAAGUGCAUCAACGGGAAGAUGUGUUAUGUGCAGAAGCAGCUGGCACCGCAUUCCCACAAAACGGGCCCCGAGGAGGUCUCCGCACACAAUGCCUUAAUUUCACAAGAGAGCAGCACGCCAAAAAUAGAUCACUGCUCCUCUCCCUCGAGCUCGGAGGACUCUGGGAUCAAUGCGAUCGGGGCUCACUACGUGGAGUCGUGUGAUGAGGAGACAGAAGAAGGAGCAGAACUGAGUUCAGAGGAAGAUUACAGCCCCGAGAGCAGCUGGGAACCGGACGAGUGCACCCUGCUCUCGCCAUCACAGUCCGACCUGGAAGUGAUUGAGACCAUAGAAACCACCGUGUGAGGGGCCGCAGUAGCCAUGGCCUUCGAUCCCCAUGGCGCUUUUGUACUUUUGUCUGACGGAUCCUUUUUCCACUGCACUUGGCAUUUUCUACCCCUCUCUAGCAACUCUUGCAGUUCAGUGGUCUGCUGAUUAGUUUCACUCUUGAAUUCGUCUUCUAAGACUUUUUUUCGUACCGACCGUUUUCUUUUGUAUCUUGACUUAAUUUCUAUGUAGCAUCUUGGUACAUCAUCAGUUGUGACCCAGCCUUAAUUUCACUGGGAACUUUGAAAGCGGAGAAGUGAUGAUCACAGAGUAUUCUG